CCCUUACCGAUUCCCUCCCGCCAUUCUCUGUCUUGCCAGCCGCAAACCCCUUGACAUCGCAUAUACCAGCUGAGACCGUCGUCAUCGUCACCGUAUGAACAAAUCUAUGCUCAGAAAUCAGAGAUGAGAGCCCCAAGACCGUCGCCUGCACCCCCGUCUCAGAAAAGCCUUGUUUUCACGGUAAAAACCCAGAAACUUGAGAAUCUGAUCUGGGUUUUGCCUGGAUUCCAGAGUAAAAACCUUGAAACUUGAAGAUAUGCUAUUCUUGCUGAAUACCUGCCAUAAACGCAGUCUGUGCUGCCUCUUCCGUUCUAAUUGGAAGAAGAUUUCUCAAGCGGCUAUAAUUUCAUGGCGGGUUGGUUUAAAUCAGUUCCAAAAUUUGGGAUCGUUUGGGAUAUUUUUAGGUUUUUCUGUCCCGCUCAAAUCUUGGCUCGCUAAAAAAACCGAAGCAGUUUAAGCUUCUUCAGCUUUUUGAUUUGGAUUGAAGAUGAUUUUUAGCCAAAAAGGCUAAUGUUUUGUGUUAAGGCUCGUGCAUUCAAGUCCUAAGAAGCAUCGUCAUUCGUCACCACUCCUCAUUCUAAAGUCAACUAUUAAUUUGUGAACAAGUUAAUACUUAUGAAUCAUGUAGCCUGUCAAACAUUAAUUGAAUCUCUAUCGAAAGAAUCAUUUGUUUGCAACAAUCAUCUGGUCGGCUUCUAUGGCUAAAGAAGCAGCAGCAGCAGCUGCCUCAUCUUCUCCUCCUCCUCCCUGUUUCACCAAUCCAUGGAAAUACCAUGUAUUCUUGAGUUUCAGAGGCGAGGACACGCGCUGCAAUUUCACAGGCCAUUUGUGUAGAGCUUUGCGUCAAAAAGGAAUUAACACCUUCAUGGAUAAUUGUCUUUCAAGAGGAGAAGAAAUAUCAACAGCGCUCCUCAAAGCGAUUGAAGAGUCGAGGAUUUCUGUCAUUGUAUUCUCCGAAAACUAUGCUUCCUCAAUGUGGUGCUUGGACGAACUUGUUAAGAUCCUUGACUGCGAGAAAUCCAAUCAACAAACGGUGAUACCGGUAUUUUACAAGGUGAGUCCCUCAGAUGUUCGAGAUCAGAAGGGUUGUUUUGGUGAGGGACUUGCUGGCCUUGAGUGCAAUUAUCAGGAUAACGCUGACAAGAUCCACAAAUGGAGAGCAGCACUUUCAGAAGCAGCAAAGUUGUCUGGGUGGACUCUCUCGGAUAAGCAUGAAGAUGAAUCGAAACUUAUUCAUAACAUUGUUGAAGGGAUUUCCACGCAACUAAUAAACCGUACAUCUUUGGAUGUGGCCGAAUACCCAGUUGGAAUAAAGUCUCGUGCACAAGAAAUAAAUAACCUCUUACAUGUCGGGAGAAAUGAUGUCCGUAUGGUAGGUUUAUGGGGGACUGGUGGAAUUGGUAAAUCAACAAUUGCCAAAGCUGUUUAUAAUUUAAUUUCCCACAACUUCGAAUGCAGUUGCUUUCUCAGUAAGGUUAGAGAAAGUUCAAUGACAGAUAAAGGAUUGGCCAAAUUACAAAAGACACUUCUUUAUGAGAUUCUAGGGGGAGACAAGUUGAAGGUGGCCAAUGUUGAUAAAGGAAUCACUUUAAUUAAGGAAAGAUUAAGCAGUAAAAGGAUUCUCUUAGUUCUUGAUGAUGUGAACGACAUGAGACAGUUACGCUGCUUAGCUGGGGGAUCAGAUGGUUGGUUUGGCAUUGGGAGUAGAAUUAUCAUAACGACAAGGGAUAAGAAACUGUUAACUGCUCAUCAUCAUAAUAUUUCAAUAUACGAGGUGAAGAAAUUGAACUAUCAUGAAGCUCUUGAGCUCUUCAGUUGGAAUGCCUUCAAAAGCAAUGGACCUUUGGAUGGUUAUGCGAAACUUGCAGACCAUGCAAUACGGCAUGCUCAAGGCCUUCCAUUAGUUUUGAGAGUUUUAGGUUCACAUCUGUACCGUGAAAGUAUAGAUCAGUGGCAAGCUAUAUUAGAUGGUCUGAUCAAAAGCCGAGAAAUUCAAGACGUUUUCAAGAUAAGUUAUGAUGCAUUGGAUGAAAUAGUGAAGGAAGUUUUUCUUGACAUUGCGUGCUUCUUUAAAGGGGGAAGCAGUAACUAUGUGAUCGAAAUAUUAGAAGGUUGUGAGCUAAACCCCAAGCAUAGCAUUGACGUACUCAUACAGAAGGCCCUCGUAAAUAUAGAUCAUGGUUUUAUAUGGAUGCACGAUUUGGUAGAAGAAAUGGGUAAAGAAGUAGUUCGUCAACAAUCACCCAAUGAUCCUGGAGAGCGCAGCAGAUUGUGGUUUCAUGACGAUGUUUAUCGUGUUCUGACAGAAAAUACAGGAACGAAAAACAUUACAGGCAUAAAGGUACAGUUGCUUGAAUCGGAUAAUGAGAUAUGCUUGAGUGCUACAACCUUCUCCAACAUGAAAAAUCUUAAAAUUUUCAUAAACUGUAAUGGACGGUUUUCUGGAGCCGUUGAUUACCUCCCCAACAACUUAAGGUUAGUUGAUUGGCCUGAAUGUCCGUUGAAAUCUUUGCUGCGCAAUUUUAAUCCGAAGAAUCUUGUUAUACUCAACAUAAGGAACAGCCAUAUCAGAGGAUUCGGGGAGGGAUUGAAGAACCUGACGAAGCUGAUUUUAUCUGGCUGUCAAUACUUAACAAGAAUCUCCGACUUCUCCGGAGUUCCAAACUUAGUGCAGUUGAGUCUAAGGGAUUGCACAAAUUUAACUGAGGUUGAUCCAUUAGUUGGAUUUCUUGAUAAACUUGAAGAACUAUGUCUUGUUAACUGCUAUAACCUUACACUGUUUCCAACAACAAUAAGCUUGAAAUCUCUGAGAACUUUUAAUCUUGGCGGUUGCAAAAAGUUUGAGAUAUUCCCGGAAAUUGUGGGCAAAAUGGAAAGCCUAAAUAUUUUGGAACUUGGUGGAACCGCUAUAAAAGAAUUGCCUCCAUCAAUUGAAAAUCUCACCGGGCUUGAAUCCUUAUCGUUAAAUGGAAGUGAAAACAUUGCAAAUCUGCCGCAAAGGAUUUAUGCGCUGCCCCGUCUUGAAUAUCUUGAUCUCAGUGACUGCCCAAAGCUUGUUACACUCCCUCCGGAGCUUCCAACUAACUCAAACAUUUCAUUUGACAACUUUGGGUCAGUAGCAUUUCCCAAUCUAAGGACUAUACUUUUUGAUGAAUGCAACUUAUCGGACAUUGAUACCCUUGCAAAUUUCGGUUGCUCAUCUAAAUUAAAAGAAAUUUUUCUAUGUAAUAGCCAUAUUGAGAGUCUUCCCGCAUGCAUUGGCAAAUUUGCGUGGUUGGAGGGUCUUGAUUUGUUUGGUUGCAAGAAACUUCGAGAAAUUUCAGAACUUCCACCAAAGAUGAGAUGGAUUAACGUUGGUGAUUGCAUAUUACUGGAAAUAUUUCCAACGUUGUCGGAGAUGAUACGGGGAGAUGGAGACAUGAGACUCAUUCGUUGGAUGGACAUGUCUAGUUGCCAAAGGCUGUGCGAAAAUUUGGCUUUGGACGUCUCCAUGAUGGCAAGCGUAUUACUGCAUCAGGCGGGGAAGUGCAAUGAAGCGAUAAGUAUUAUACUUCCAGGCAGUGAAGUUCCAAAUUGGUUCAGUUGCCGUAAGGACGUACGUGUGACUGAUCCUGGUUGUUCAUGUGAAAUUUUUAUUGAAAUCCCUCGGACUUUCAAAUGGAAAAACACAGUACUUGUUUUCUGUGCUGCUUUCAAAAUCACGCAAAAUUUUUCAGGAGAAUGCUGUUCUUAUACACAGACUACAGUCGAUGGAGUAUCUAUAAAUAUUUCUGGUGAUUGUUCGUUUAGUUCAAAAGAGACAGAUGCAGCUCUUGUGUGGCUACAAUAUAUUCCAUUACCGGCUCACAUAAAGUCGAAGGUGGAUGAGGGUGGUGAUCAAUCAAAGCCGUAUCUGUGUCAAGUUACACUUGGCCGCUACGGCGGAGAAGGGUUGCUCUUAAAUGGCUGCGGUGUCCACUUGGGAAAUUUCAGUAUGCACGAGGAUGGUGGUGAAGAUUGACGACAAUGUAGGAGGCGAAGUUGGACCAAGAAAAAAGAAAAGGAUGUUGGCGAUCAAGAGUUGAAUGUUUCCGACGUGGGACUUCACAUUCUUCAACGCGUCCAAGAAGGCCAUUGAUAUACGAUUCCUCUCAUCUCUCUCUUGUGUUUAAGGCAAGGAUUUGGCUCCAUUUUAACGCUCUCUCCUGUUUUUCUUCUGUUUGUUUUAAUUUCUUAGAGAUUAACGCUUUGUGAUUUUCGUUUACGGAAAACUAAUCUCCAUAGCUACGGCUAGGAGAUAAACCUACACUAUAACUGUGUACUUUUAUUAUUUUGAUUUUAUUUUUUAUUUUAUUUUGGAUUUUCAAUGUCAAAUUUAUAUUGUGGAAUUUCUUGUUUAAUCUAUUUUUGGAAUGAUGAAUAUUAGUUAUGAUCCAUAGGAUCAACCUUUUUUUU